AUGAGCGUAGAAGACCAGCUUCGUCGCAAAGAGACAGAAAUCAAGAGAGAAGACGAGCUACGGCGCAUACUUGCAUGCCAUUCCAGUGACUAUUUUGCCGUUCUCCAAAUCAACCCAUUACAAGAUGAGGAUUCGCUUCCUUCGCUAGUUCGAAAGCUGUAUCGCCAAAAGUCGCUUCUUCUUCAUCCAGAUAAAAUCCAGCACGAAGAUGCCCCACGAGCAUUUGACUUGUUGAAGAAAGCAGAGAUUGUUCUUUCGGAUCCAGAAAACAAGGAACGAGGGUAUUUGAUCGACUUAUAUCGCCAUGUGGCGCUGGACUCGCAAGAGGCGGAUUACGAUUCGCCUGCAAAUGCCAGUAUUCGGGCAAAAGUUCAUGCGGCACUCGAACUUCAUGAAAAACAACAGGAGGUGGAGAAGAAUUACCAGCAGAGACAAGAAACUCAAAAACACAGCGAGAUGGAAUCUAUGGCGAAGGAAAGAGAACGCAAAAAGGAAUGGGAAAAAGCAUGGGAAUCACAGAGAGAGUCAAGAGUACAGCUGUGGAGAGAAUUCUCCAAAGUUAGCAAAAAGAAGAAAAAGCCCAAAAAGAAGGUGCUUGUAUAG